AAUCCCUGGUUCUCUUACUGCACAGACUCUACGAGUGUUCGAAUUUUUCGUCGAAAACGUGCACUGCCUGAAUAUACACGGUGGCGUGCAACGACCCAAGAAUUCAUUGUAAAAGUUUUAGAGGAUGAUGUUACAAUGCCCCAGACAAAACAAAUCGUAGCGGUCAACAUUAAGCCCAAUAGAAAAAUAGAAGAAAAGAUAAUAGUUGGUGCUACACUUUUAUCUACAGCAGUACCAAUCACAACCCCCCUAUCUGACGAAUAUACACGUUUUGUACCUCCGACAACACUAAAAAUCACUCGAUAUGAAGAUAUGGUCUUCGCUCCUGCUACAACAGGUGGUAUUCCUCCAAUUAAACCUAAAAGUAAACUUAGGAAAGGUGAACAACAUAUUGGCCCAAUUAUAAAAUUUGCUGGAGAUCGACAUGGGCUGCGAGAUGAGAGCCCUCCCUCUGGUCCAAAAUUUAUUCCUAGAACCAAUACUGAAUAUCUUUCGCAAUAUGCACCUAUCGGUCCAAUCCUGUUCACCCAAAAUACUACUUUUGGACCUCUAACUCCACGUAAUGCUGAAAAAUUCGUAAUAUACAAGACUUCUGUUCGACCUUCACGUACAUCGCAGUUGUUGGACUAUAUUACACCAGUGAGGACUCCGAAUUUUCUUAAUAUAUUAGGUUUGGUUGACAACAAACGAAAACCUUUUGUACUUUCACCUACGCGUACUUCGAUAUUUCCAAAUGAUACUACUACGAUGAUUACUUUUAUUGACGAAAAUGAUGAUUUAGUCCAAACCAAAUCUAAUGUAGAUGAUACAAAUAGAAGAAAAUACGAGGAAAAGAAAAGUACAGAAAGAGAUACGGACGAGUUCUACAAUAAUUUAAUGAUGUAUGAUGACGAUACCGAUGUCACAACUAGAAAAGUUUAUCUUGGAUUGUCUGACUCGUACGAAGACGGCUCGGAGAAAAGUAAAGAACCUGAGACUACAGUUACCACUAUCGAUCUUUCUUCUGAUUUAGAAGAAUACGAAAAUACGACGGAAAAAAUGGAUUAUCAUGACGAAGAUGACAUACAAAAAGGAACUACUACAGGAACAUUGACAACAAGAAAUACUGAAGAAGUGUCAUUAAAAGCAACAACUUUUGCAAGAAAAGUGGAAAAUAAUACAAAAAGAGUUUGUAAUCUUUUAAAACUGCGACACCUGUCAUUCAGUUCACCCCGCACACUUUAUGAGAUAACAACACAAUUAAAGCAAUGGGCGGAAGAGAGUCCUGUUGCUAAGUGGGUUGAUAUAACAAAUGGAAAUUAUACCGUAAUGGAAAAUCCUAUUUAUAUGAUGAUCGUGGAUGACCCUAGUAGUGGACAAAUUAUGUCAGCGAAACAAACUGUCAUGAUUGUUGCGGGUAUUCAAGGGAGAGACCACCACGCGGUGGCAGCAGCUAUGUACGUGUUAUAUCAAUUAAUUGAGCGUACUGAAGCUCACGCAGAUCUCCUAGUAAAGUAUCGGUUCUGGAUUAUUCCAGUAUUUAAUCCGGAUGGAUACGACUACUCAAUGACGUUUCCCCGUCGACGGGAAUGGACAAAGAAUCUACGCCAAACUUGGGAUUCGUGCAAGGGCCGUGAUACUUGUGAAGCGUGUGAGUUAUACGGGGUAAUGUGCACUAUUCAGCAAUGCUAUGGCGUGAACCUUGAUAGAAAUUUCGAAUACCAGUGGAUCCCACCAGAGGAGCUACGUUCAGAACACCCAUGUGGUCCAUUAUACGCGGGUACUAGACAGCUUAGUGAAGCCGAAACUCGCGCGCUAACUCACUUCCUGCAUGAACAGAAAACUCCACUUUACACCUUUAUAGCUUUCAAGGAAGGGAAUGUUCUUGGUAUAAUGUAUCCAUAUUCUCACACACGCAAAAGAAGAGCAUUCGAUCAUGUUUACAGACAGCGAGCGUCAAUUGCAGCAUCUGCUGCCUUCAGUAUUAGUGGUCGACCGUAUGCUGCAGGACAAACAUCUGAAUUUUUACCGCUUUAUGCUGGCGGUAUAGAAGACUGGGUUGAUGGCCACUUAGGUAUAGACAAUACCUAUACAAUAAUGAUAUUUCGACCCAGCGACUCGUAUAAUUCGAAGAUUUUAACUGAGCGCGUCGUUCAUGAAGGAUUUGCAGCUGUAGAUACUCUUUUGCUUCAAAGCACUGGACCCUUGGGACCGCCACCAGUCACCUUAAGUCGGUCAAAGGGAGUUGAUUUGCAACACACAUCAAAGACAUUUCUUAUUUUAUGUAUAAAUUUCGUAAUUUUUUUGUGUAAAAGUUAGGAUGCAAUUGUGCUUUUACUACGACAGUGAAAGCAUAUUUAUUUGUGGAUUUUAGAUGACGGCGAUGCCCAUAUCAUGUUAUGCUCUCUGAGUACAAAAUACAUUAAAGGUGACAUUAAUUACGGCUCCGAAAUCUUCAGUCACGCCCCAAACUAAAGUUUGUCAAAUAUUUAGCAUGUAUAUUUUACGACAGUGUUCAAUUAUUUACUUAAAAUCUUGGUUGAUUACUAAUUGAAUCUGAAUAUUGGACUUCAAUCCAUUAUUUUGGACUCCUGGUUGUUGUUUAUUAAUCGUAAUUUUUCUUCACAUUAAAGGCGGUUUGGUCGUCAAAGUUGCAAAUACACUGCUGCCAUAAAAAGCUAAAUUUCAAUAAGUUUACAAUAUAUAUUCGCCUCUCAAAAUCAUUGACACCAUUUCAGCCGUUUAUUUUCAUAUGAGCAAAGUCGUAAAUAACAAACACGUAAUUUGAUAAUAUUCAGGAAUUUUGUCAUUGUUAACAGAUAGGAUAUCAGUAGGAUAUUAUGACUAGUUUUGACGAAAGGUGUGUUGAUUACUCACGUAACGUACUGUUUUCGAUACGUACCCAAGUUGGCAGUAGGCCGUGGCAGUGGACAAUGGUACCAAUUCAAAAUGUUUCGUACAUUUGCGAAAGCUUCGCCCGAAUGUACGUGCUUUUUUAACAUACCUUUACAACAUUUUUUUUUCAAGGGUGGAAUAAAAAAUCAUAGUUUGCAUUAUCUGUAAAAACUGCAGGUUUCUUCCUCUGGGCUUCGAUGAUUAGGGCAAUUUUAGAUAUUAAUGAAAUUACUACCUAUUAAGUUAGUAAGUUCAUUAAUACAUGGGUGCCACGUUAAUACAUACGUUUUCCUUAAAAGACAAUAAGACCGAUUAUUUAUAUGUUUUAGCAAUGUAUAUUUUAAUAGCCCCUUGUUUUUUAUCAUUUUAGUUUUUGUGUAA